AGGAAUAUAUAGACAUAUAUCACCAUCUCUCAUUCUCUCUCUUUCUGUUGAAUGCUGAUUAAGCCCCGUAGUAUUUGAUCAUCCUCUCCGGUUUACCCUCCAUUGAACUACACAAAAACUCAUUCUCUUUCACUCGUGGAUAAGACUUCUCUUAAUCCACUCCAACUCCAAUUGCCUCAUCAUAAACCUAAUCUCUCUUUCAAAUAUAUCAAAAGAAAAAUUCCCGGCCUAAUCUCUCAACUCAUGAACCACUUACUACUCUUUCCAACACCAAACUAAUGUUUUUCGGCUCAAUGGGUUCUCUUCAGUUUUGCUCUUUCUCUUGAAGUUGAAUUCAAGCAAGUUCUUCUUUUCAACUUAAGCUAAAUAUAGUUAUUUCCUUUCAACAGUAUACAUACUCUCUGUUUGCACGUACUGUUCAUGGAUUGCCUGAGAGAAAUUGAAGGCAAACAGGCACAUGAUCCUAUAUUCAUGGAAAAAAUGAAAAAAUCUUCACGUUGUGUAUGCGUGCCAGGGCCAGUGAUCGUGGGAGCUGGACCUUCAGGUCUAGCAGCAGCCGCAUGUCUCAAAGAAAAGGGUGUACCGAGUAUAGUCUUAGAGAGAUCUAACUGCAUAGCAUCUUUAUGGCAGCUCAAAACCUAUGAUCGUCUUAGUCUUCACUUACCAAAGCAAUUUUGCGAGCUUCCUCUCAUGGGAUUCCCUGCCGAUUUUCCAACUUACCCUACUAAGCAACAAUUCGUUGACUAUUUAGAAUCAUAUGCCAAAAAAUUUGAUAUUAGCCCAAGGUUCAACGAGACAGUAGCGCAAGCUGAGUAUGAUGCCACGGUUCGGUUUUGGCGCGUGAAGACUGUAGGGGGAAAAGGGGAGGAGAAAGAGUAUAUGUGUCGGUGGCUGGUGGUGGCGACAGGAGAGAAUGCGGAGGCGGUGGUGCCGGAGAUUGAAGGAAGUGAAGAAUUUGGAGGAGAUUUAAGGCAUACAAGUUUGUACAAAAGUGGAGAGGAGUUUAGAGGAAAAAGGGUUUUGGUGGUAGGGUGUGGGAAUUCUGGAAUGGAGGUGUGUUUGGAUCUUUGCAAUCAUGAUGCCAGGCCUUCACUUGUGGUCAGAGAUACAGUACACGUCCUACCCCGAGAGAUGCUGGGAAAAUCAACUUUCGGGUUGUCCAUGUGGUUGCUCAAGUGGCUGCCCAUGCGUCUUGUCGAUAAGUUCCUGCUCAUCGUAUCAUGGUUGAUGCUCGGUGACACGGCUCGAUUCGGAUUGGACCGGCCGCAGUUGGGUCCCCUUGAACUCAAGAAUUUGUCAGGAAAGACACCCGUAUUGGAUGUUGGGACACUAGCCAAGAUCAAAAGUGGAGACAUUGAGGUAUUUCCAGGAAUCAAGCGCCUUAAAGAUCAUGCUGUGGAGUUUGUAAACGGAAGAAGUCAGAACUUUGAUGCCAUCAUAUUGGCAACUGGUUACAAAAGCAAUGUACCCUCUUGGCUAAAGGAAAGAGAGAUGUUUUCAGAGAAAGAUGGGUUGCCUCGAAGGCCAUUUCCAAAUGGGUGGAAAGGUGAAUGUGGUCUAUAUGCCGUGGGGUUCACUAAACGUGGAUUACUAGGUGCUUCAAUGGAUGCCAACAGACUUGCAGCUGACAUUGAGCGCUGCUGGAAAGCUGAAUCAAAACAUUGUAUGCCCUUUUCUCCCUCACUUUUGCCACAAUCAUCACCAUGACUUUGGUAUUUACUAGUAUAGAAAAAAUUUAUUUUCAUUGAAUAAGUAAGUUUGGAGGAUUUUGAUGGUGCCAACCAAAGUAGCUAGUUACUCCUCCAACCGUGACGAAAAGAGAAACUACCCAAAAAAAAAAAUACCUUUAUUUUUCAAGAUCGCUCACACCAUCAAGACAAGAGUUUGAGAAGCAAUGGAAGAAGAAGUUUUGAGAAUGAAAGUGGGGGGACCUGCUGAGCCAUCUGUACAUUGAUCUUGUACAUUACAAAUUUUUAUCUGAUUAGGUAUGACUUCUUUAGAUAGAGAUGGAGAAGAAAGAAUAUGGAGGGCGGGGAUGGGGGUGUUUGAUUCUCUAAAUUAAAUUGUUUAAUUUUCUGAGUGUUUUAACUUACAAAAUUUCUAAUCGGAUUUGGGAUCGGUGUAGAAGAGAAGAGAGUAUUAACAAUUUUAAUUUUGUGUUU